CGGGGCCGGAGCGUACGUUCAUUUGGCAGAGGGGGAGGCUGCGGCAUCCGCCUGACUACCAGCGUCGAUGAGGUGCACGCGCCAGGCGUCUCGUCGACGGUUCGGCUGAUCUGAGGAGCGGUGUGAUGUAGACCGGCUUCCCCCUUCCGAUCCGCACUCCCCACCAUGCCGGCGGGGAUGAAACCGCUGGAGAAGUUCCUCAAGAAGCAGACCACCGCGCUGAGCCGCGCCGGAGGAUUGGACAAGGCCAGCGGGGGGAGCGCGGCAUCGCGGCGAAGGGCCAGCCUGUCGCGUGUGGUUCCGUUCUUCAGGGAGACGUCUCCGGAGGGGGGGCAAGCCCGGGAGGUGCUCAGUCCCGACAGCGAAGACCCUCCCCCCUGGCCCUCCGCUGCCGCUCCGGCCAACGGCUCGGCUUGCGGAGACGUCCGCAGUCCGUCCCAGUCGAGCGACGAGCAGAGUUCCGAGGCCAGCGUGGUCGCCGACAUCAUCGGGGGCGAGGUGACGCUUCACGCCGACACGCCCGAAAAUCUCACCCUCGCCCUCCUGGACAGCGUGACCGGAAGACGGUACGGGCAGUGCACUGAGACGUUGUUGGACGACUUCAUGCUGACCCAUCCCAUCUUCCUGACGGCAGACACCUUCCAGCAAGUUCUACUGCAGCAAUUUUCUGUGCAUGUGGGGGAGGGGCCAGGGCCAGGUGGUGAAAAGGAUGACAGAGAAGGAGGGGGCCUGGAUGCCGUGCACAGGAAGCGGGCGGUCCUCAGUGUUGCCUUCCGAUACCUCGACACGUACCGAGAACUCCUGCAAGAGGAGGGCGACAAGUUCCCCAAGGAGUUGUACGGGUGCGCGCUUCAGGAACUGAGUUGUCAUCCCGAGCUGGUGGACGAUGUGGUCAAACUGCAACGCUGGACAGAAAUUUUACACUGCCCCUGUGACGAGGAGAAGGAAAGCAGAAGGAAGCAAGUGCGACCGCUCUUCAGACACUUUCGACGAAUCGACGCCUGUCUGCAGCCCAGGGAGGCGUUCAGAGGCUCUGAUGAGAUCUUCUGCAGGGUCUACACUCCCGAUCAUUCCUACGUCACCAUCCGCAGUCGCCUGUCCUGCCGUGUGGGAGACAUCCUGGCUCUGGUUCGAGAAAAGCUGCAGUACAGCGAUGAGCAGCCGCUUCUUCCCGGAAACCUCAUCCUGGUGGCGGUCACGUCGGCUGGAGAAAAGGCAGUGUUUCGGCCCAGCGACGAGGCCGUCUUCACCACUUUGGGGGUCAACACUCACCUGUUCACCUGUGAACCCUCUGAACUGGAGUCGCUGCUUCCUCUUCCCGAGGAGAUCCACUGGACACCCGGAGACAGCAAACUUCAUGACAUGUCAGCAGAGGAAGUGGCCAACCAGCUGGUGGCGUUUGACUGGGAGCUCUUCAGCUGCGUGCACGAGGUGGAGUUUGUGUGUUACGUGUUUCAUGGAGAGCAGUCCCGCUGGCGCCCCCUCAACCUGGAGCUGGUACUGCAGCGCUGCAGUGAGGUCCAGCACUGGGUUGCCACCGAGAUCCUGCAGUGUCACUCCCUGCCAAAACGAGUCCAACUGCUCCGCAAGUUCAUCAAGAUCGCAGCGCUCUGUAAACAGCAGCAGGACCUUCUGUCCUUCCUGGCUGUGCUGCUCGGCCUCGACAACCCCGCCCUCAGCAGACUGCGGCUUACCUGGGAGGGUCUUCCAGGGAAGUUCCGGAAACAGUUUCAGCAGUUUGAAAGCAUUGCUGAUCCUUCCAGAAACCACAAGUCCUACAGAGACCUGAUCACCAGUCUGAGACCUCCACUCAUCCCCUUCACUCCUCUGCUGCUUAAAGAUUUGACUUUUCUUCAUGAGAGUUGUAAGACUUUUCACGGCCAGCUGGUCAAUUUUGACAAGAUGCACAAAGUUGCCGACAUGGUGCGAAGCAUACGAAGAUACCGUAGUGGACAGCUGGGUAACACACACACACACACAGACAGACACACAUACAAUAUAAAUGCUAAUGAAGCUAACAGUUUUGACACCUCUGGUAGCCAUGGAUAUGGAGACGUCGCCAUCCCACCUGCAGACCAAAGCGUACGUGCGACAGCUGCAGGUGAUCGACAACCAGAACCAUCUCUUCGACCUGUCCUGCAAACUGGAGCCCAGAGACACGUAGAGAUGCCAGGACACGUCCCACCUCCUCUUCCUCCCUCUCAGCGAACACGUUAAAAGCUUCUUAACAGGCAGCCAAUCAGGCGAAGCUCGGCAGCCAUCUUGUCUCCUUCCUGACCACAGAUGACAUGUAGUCGCAGUUUGACCUCCACCCAGCUGAUGAGGUGAGCCUAGUGAUGGAUGAUUUAUCUCUUCAAAGGUCAACCUCUGACCUCAGGGGCGUGUCUUUCUUCUUAAUGAAUGAGGAGGACAGCAGAGAAGUAAACAAAUGUUUAGUCAUUUCUGUCUGGGAAGGUGUACCGUGACACUCUAUGGGCGGCGCUUGUGCAAUAACAGGAGGCGAUGCACGUCUGGUGUCAACCAAGCAUGUCGACGACGCUCAGGGCUCCCAGGUUUUGUGUACUUUUUGUGAUGAUGAUUAAGACUUAUUUUUCUUCUUUCCCUUCAUCAUUUCGAUCAACAAAGACAGAGGGAUAUUUUUUUAAACGUUGUCUCAUUGCAACGCUAAAUGACAUCACACGUCUGCUAGUUGACACCUGGCAGGGCUCUGCUGCGGCCAGUCCUGGAUUCAAGUCAUUCAUUUCCAAAUAUCAAACAGGCAUCUCAAAAGAUGACAAAAUUCCAAUUACAAAAUACACAUGAGACAGGGUAUGAAUGUUGGGCCGCGCGGCGGAUGAGUGUUUAGCAUGUAGUCCACACAGCGAGAAGAUCCGGCUUUGAUUUUCUGCUCGGGCAUCUCUUCGUGGAGUUAGCAUGUUCUCCCUGUGCAUGGCUUUUCUCCGGGUAAUCCGCUUUCCUCCCCAGUUCCAAAAACAUGCUAGCUGUUAGCUUGAUCGGCCACUCCAAAUUGUCCAUAGGUAUGAAUGUGGGUGGGAACGGUUGUUUGUCGAUACGUGCCCUGUGAUCGGCCGGCCACCGGUACAGGGUGUACCCUGCCUCUCGCCCCCAAAGACAGCCGGGAUAGACUCCAGCAUACCCCCACCACUAUGUUGAGGAUAAGCGGUGUAAAAAACGGAUGGCCGGACAGUAUGAACUGUUUAAUCUUCCGAGUCCAUGAAUGAAAGAAAUGAAUCAGUAGAUGAAUUUACCCGCUGACUAAAAUAUCUGUCGGUGAGCCAGGUCUGAUAGUGAGUAACAGCGCCUCCCGUAUGCUCAAAGUGUUAACCAAUUAGCGUUGUCAUAUUGAAACAAGAUCGGCAUCCUUGUGUUUUCAGAUCGAUUUAGAAGAAGUAUUUUGACCUGUUAGCAUCACAGGUAGUCUCAGGAAACUCGCUGGGUGUUGAAGCCUCCUGCCGGACAACAUAGAAACAUUCAAAGUAGACGUGAACGGCCGGUCUUUGCUGUAAAACUCAGGCGUGUCCGUUUGUAAAGGUCGCGUAUGGAGUGGCUGACCUUGAAACAUGUACAUAGUGUGAGUGUGUAAAUAGUUCCAAACGAAAGGAGAAUCUAUUUUAAAGAUGUUUGUUUCACGUAGAGAUGAGAUUUUAUUCACGUGUGUUGUUUACAUUGUGCCAAACCGUGAGCCAUGACAAGUAAAGAUCCACGUUAGCAUGACGAUGGUAUUUGUCAAGGGUCGAGGAGCGAGCUACACGAGCUGGCAGUGCUGUAGCAUUUGCGCUUUCAGUCGUGAACUUGUAACUUUGUUCUCUGAAAUGUAACCAAGAAUUUGUAUGCUUUAAAAGUAUGGAGACAACCACCAAUAUUUUUCCAACCUUUUUCUUUGUAAUGAUUUGGCACUUUAAGAUGGCAUUCCUAUUUUGAAACGAUGCAUCACAAUGUUGUUUCCUGCAGUUGCUCAAAUAAACCUGAUGAAGGCGA